AUGGAAGUCAGGUACAAUCAAGAGACCGAAGGGAUGGGACUGAAGAAUGGACUAAAGAAGGGGAAAGAUGACAAGGACUCCCAGGGCAGCAUGUCCAAAAGCUUCCUCAAGGAGCAGCAGGACUCCUUUUCCCCCUCUGGGACAGUGGACAACUGCGAGAAGAACAGGGGGAGCACGGGGGACCCGGACUACUGUCGGAGAAUACUAGUCCGAGAUGCUAAAGGCUCCAUCCGAGAGAUUAUCCUGCCCAAGGGUUUGGAUUUGGACCGGCCCAAGCGAACCCGCACCUCCUUCACUGCAGAGCAGCUCUACCGGCUAGAGAUGGAGUUUCAGAGGUGCCAGUAUGUGGUUGGGAGGGAACGGACAGAACUGGCCCGGCAGCUCAACCUGUCUGAAACUCAGGUGAAGGUGUGGUUCCAGAACCGGCGCACUAAGCAGAAGAAGGACCAGGGGAAGGACUCUGAGCUGCGCUCGGUGGUGUCAGAAACAGCAGCGACCUGCAGCGUGCUCCGACUCCUGGAGCAGGGCCGGCUGCUGACGCCCCCGGGCCUGCCGGGCCUCCUGCCCCACUGCGGCUCCGCCCUGCGCCCUCCCUCUGUGGCCAUGGCCAGCAACGGCAGCAGUAGCAGCAGCAACGGGGGCGGCGGCAGCGGCACGGCGGGGGGCAGCCCUCCUCUACCCGCCGUCACCAGCUCAGGGACAGUGGCGGGCCUGCAGAGCUCAGCGGCGGCUCACAGCCUCUUCAGCUUCCCCAUGCCCUCCUUACUGGGCGGCGUCGCCUCCCGUAUCCCCUCCAACCCCCUGUCCAUGGCCGGCUCGCUGGCCGGCAACCUGCAGGAACUCUCCGCCCGUUACCUGAGCUCCUCUGCUUUUGAGCCUUAUUCGCGGACCAAUGGCAAAGAAUUCAUGGACAAGAAAAUUCUGGAAUGA